AUGAGCUCCUCUAAGAAGUUAAUGAUGAGUAAAUCAACUCGCUACCGACAGAGAGUAAAAGCCGUACGUUUAGCAUCCUUGAUGCUAAUCAAUGAUCCACAAGAUGAUUCAUUUAUAAUUCAUCAAAUUUAUCCUAAAAGACAGUUAUUUGAGAAUUUUGAAAAUGAUUCUGUUCAAAUUAAUAAUGUCAAUAAAAUAAAUAAUGCCAACUAUACUUCAAAAGAGUCAUCCAUUACUAUGUCAUCUGAUAGUUAUUCUUCUGAGUCAGAUGCAAUUGAAAUUCCUCAAUUUGAAGAUUUACCUAAUGCAAAGAUAGAAUUAGCUAAAUGGGCUUUACGUCACAAAAUAACUCAUGUUGCUUUAGGAGAUUUACUUUACAUUCUUCAAACUAACCCUGAUUUAUCAGAUAUUCCAAAAGAUCCUCGAACUCUGUUGAAAACUCCAUCAACCAGUAGUAUAAAAAAAAUAGGUGGUGGUACCUAUCAUCCUUUCGGAUCAUCAUUAAAGAAUGAAAUAGAACUAAUGCUUGAGACUAUUCAAUCUAUUCCAUCCAAAUUAUGUCUGGUGUUGGGAAUUGAUGGUCUUGCAAUAACAAAUAAUCCAAUAACUCAUUUAUGGCCUAUUUUAGGCUACUUUUCAAAUUUAUCUUUAAAGCAUAAAGAGGUUUUUAUUAUUGGUGCAUACAUUGGCCUAGGUAAACCUACCAAUAGUAAUGAAUUCUUGGAAGAAUUUGUGAAUGAACUUAAAUGUCUGAUUAAUAUGGGGAUUUCAUUCAAUGAUAUGAUUAUCACUAUUGAGUUGAGUGCCUUAAUAUGUGACGCGCCCGCAAAAUCGUUUGUACUUAAUGUGCGUGGACACGUUUUAAACGGGUGUGUACGAUGUACAACUACUGGCAGAAGGGUUGACAAUAGAGUAUGUUUUGUAAAUAUGAAUGCACCGCUUAGAUCCCACUCCAAUUUCAUAAGUCAUGAUGCUAAGAAUAAUUUCCAUGUUGGACCAACAUUAUUAAUAGAUAUACCAAAUUUUGACAUAGUUUUAUCGACUCCAUUUGAUUAUUGCAUCUAG